AGGGAGAUGAUGCGGGCCUACAGUAAGCAUCUGAAGCUAAGGGAUGCCAAGCACGAGGUGAUCUUCCCGGGCGUGUGCCUAAAGAUCCCGGGCCGGUUCUACUACCGGUUUGGGAAGCCGAUCCUGAUGCGGGAGAGGCAGGACGUCCUCACCGACCGGCACGCGGCGACGGACCUCUACACGCACAUCAAGUCGGAGGUGCAAGGCAUCAUCUCCUACCUGCUGGAUAAGCGGGAGGAGGACGAGUACAGGAAGAUCUCGCGGAGGCUCAUGUUCAUGGCUUCCCAGGGGUUCGACACCCAAGUUCCGUCGUUCGAUCCUUGACAUACACUAGUUGCCACAUGGAAUGAGAAUGUAGCUACCGAAUAUUCAUUUUUCGACCUUUGAUCAGACAUUUAUGCAGAAUAAUGCUUUGUAAUUUGUGAAGCUGAAUUUUCAGCAUUACUGUUCAAAAAUUAAAUUCGUGUC